CCGAAGCCGCGUACCGAUACACCUGGGAGAGACAAAAGCGAGCUCUUGGCAAGAAUCACGCCGACACGCUGGACACUCUUUCUGCAUUAGGCGAUGCACUCGACGAUCAAGGGAAGUACGCCGAGGCGGAAUCCAUGUACCGAGAUGUCUGGCGGAGAAAGAAGCGAACUCUUGGUAACAACC